CCCAUUCGGGUCUGAAACAAUUCCGAAGGGAAAACCGUUAAAGAGAUCCGGCGAUUUAUUGACGAAACGUACAAUAUAACCAAUGCGUAUUCGGGAAAACGACGAUACAAAAACAAUAAUUAUCCGAGAAAAUGAACUAGCCGUUGUGGGACUCAAAAAUUCAAAGAUCGAAUCGAUCGAUCACACUCACUCGCUCAAAGAGACACAAAAGCCUUAUAGCUCUCUCUCUUCUCUCUCUUCCAUUUCCUUUUUGUUUCACUCUCAUCAUCAAAACCCUAGACCCCAAAGUCUCUCUCUACACGCUUCUCUUUCUCUCUCUUCAACUCUUCUGAACUGUGAUCUCUGUUAGCAAGACUCCUUUUCGAUUCGUCUGGUUUGAUUGGGUUCGAUCCAAGUGUGCAUCGAUCGGCUCUGGAUGCUCUGAUUGAAGUUUCUGUGAGUAUUACAGAUCAGGCAGCCAUUGAUACUUCAAUUAUCGUUAUUCCUCCAGCAGUUUCGGUACUUUAGGCUCUCCUAAGAGAGGCUUUGGCCGUGCUGUUACAGUCUUCCAGUUUCAACUGUCAGGAGAACUUCAAAUCUAUAAACUUAAUAUGACAGUUAAAAAUCCCAGUACACCGGCUUCAAAAAUAGAGAGGACACCAGUAUCCACUCCAGGUGGCUCCAAAGUUAGUGAAGAAAAGAUUGUUGUAACAGUACGGUUAAGGCCUUUGAACAAACGAGAACAGUUGGCAAAAGACCAAGUAGCAUGGGAGUGCAUUGAUGAUCAUUCGAUUGUGCAUAAACCACCAUCCCUUGAGCGUGCUACUCAACCAGCCUCGUUUACAUUUGAUAGAGUCUUUGGUCCAUCUUCUUUAACUGAAACAGUAUACGAGGAGGGAGUAAAGAAUGUUGCUUUGUCUGCUUUAAUGGGCAUCAAUGCGACCAUAUUUGCAUAUGGGCAAACAAGCAGUGGGAAGACUUACACAAUGAGAGGAAUUACAGAGAAAGCUGUAAAUGAUAUCUAUAACCACAUAAUGAAUACACCGGAGAGAGAUUUUAGAAUAAAAAUUUCUGGGCUAGAAAUCUAUAAUGAGAAUGUCAGGGAUCUAUUGAAUUCAGAAUCUGGUCGCAAUCUCAAGCUUUUAGAUGAUCCAGAGAAAGGAACUGUGGUUGAAAAGUUGGUAGAAGAAACAGCAAAUGGCAAUCAGCAUUUAAGACAUUUGAUCAGUAUUUGUGAAGCCCAAAGGCAAGUCGGUGAAACUGCCCUAAAUGAUACUAGCUCACGGUCACACCAAAUAAUAAGACUGACAAUAGAAAGUACUCUUCGUGAAAAUUCAGAUUGCGUGAGAUCUUAUGUGGCAAGCCUGAACUUGGUUGAUCUAGCUGGCAGUGAAAGAGCCUCACAGACGAAUGCUGAUGGUGCUAGGCUUAGGGAAGGCUGCCAUAUUAACCUUAGUUUGAUGACUCUCACUACAGUCAUUAGGAAGCUCAGUGUUGGGAAAAGAAGUGGUCAUAUACCCUACCGAGAUUCAAAGCUCACACGUAUAUUGCAGCACUCCCUUGGUGGGAAUGCUCGCACUGCCAUCAUAUGUACCUUGAGCCCUGCAUUUAGCCAUAUUGAACAAUCACGGAACACUCUCUACUUUGCUACCCGAGCAAAGGAAGUGACGAAUAAUGCCCAAGUAAACAUGGUUGUCUCAGAAAAGCAGUUGGUAAAACAUUUGCAGAAGGAAGUAGCCAGACUGGCUGCGGAGUUACGCACUCCAGAUCCAUCAAAUGAAAAAGAUCAGAAAAUUCAACAGAUGGAGAUGGAAAUUGAAGAGCUAAGGCGCCAGAGAGAUAUUGCACAAUCCCAAGUAGAUGAAUUACGUCGCAAACUUGAAGAUGAACAACCGCAGGAUUUAAAUCCAGUUCAAUCACCCAGUCCAGUAGUGAAGAAGUGUCUCUCUUUUUCCGGGGCAUUAUCACCAAAACUUGAGAGCAAGGAGCUAGACGGUGGCAAUAAACCAAGAAAUACAAUGGGUAGGCAGAGCAUGAGGCAGUCAUCACUUGCUCCUUUCACACUCAUGCAUGAAAUUCGGAAACUUGAACAUCUUCAGGAGCAGCUUGGUGAAGAAGCAAAUCGAGCUUUGGAAGUACUCCAGAAGGAGGUGGCUUGUCAUAGACAAGGUAACCAAGAUGCUGCAGAGACUAUUGCUAAGCUCCAAGCAGAAAUAAGGGAAAUGUGUGCUAUCCGACCGGCCCCAAAAGAAAUUGAAGUGGGAAAUGUGGUUUCUGUAAACAAGAGUGUUAGUGCCAAUCUUAAGGAAGAAAUAACUAGGCUUCACUCACAAGGAAGCACCAUUGCAGAUCUUGAAGAGCAGCUUGAAAAUGUUCAGAAGUCCAUAGACAAAUUGGUAAUGUCUCUUCCCAACAAUAAUGAUCAACAACAGGCUAUCAAUGAGGCAGCUCUGAAAGCCAAGAAUCAAUCAAAAAAGAAGAAAUUACUUCCUUUAACUUCAAGCAAUAGUGCCAACCGGCAUAACUUUAUACGAUCUCCAUGCUCACCUCUAUCAUCUUCUCGUCAAGUGUUAGAGUCUGAGAUUGAAAAUAGAGCUCCUGAAAAUGAUAAUCCUGUGACUUGUGAAACUCCACCCAUAUCCGAGAAAGAUACUCCUACAAAGAGUGAAGAAUGUGGAGAUGCAUCAUCUAAGGAAGGUACUCCAUAUCGGCGUUCUAGUUCAGUCAAUAUGAGGAAAAUGCAGAAGAUGUUCCAGAAUGCAGCAGAAGAAAACGUAAGAAGCAUUCGCGCAUAUGUGACGGAACUUAAAGAACGUGUAGCAAAGUUGCAAUAUCAAAAGCAGCUACUUGUUUGCCAGGUGCUUGAGCUGGAAGCAAAUGAAGCAGCUGGGUACAACUACAACAUAGAGAAUGAUGACAGCAUAGCUGAGAUACAAGAGGCGUCACCAGCUUCAUGGCAUGUGACUUUUAGGGAGCAGAGACAACAGAUCAUUGAAUUAUGGGACAUGUGUCAUGUUUCAAUCAUUCACAGGACAGAGUUCUAUUUAUUAUUCAAAGGGGACCCGGCUGAUCAGAUAUACAUGGAAGUCGAACUCAGGCGUUUGACUUGGUUGCAGCAACACUUGGCAGAACUUGGGAAUGCAAGCCCAGCUCAUGUUGGAGAUGAGCCUACAAUCUCUUUAUCAUCAAGUAUUAGAGCAUUGAAGCGUGAAAGGGAGUUCCUUGCAAGGAGGUUAAUGACACGUUUGACAUUUGAGGAGAGAGAAGCAUUAUACAUAAAAUGGGAAAUCCCACUAGAUGGGAAGCAGAGAAAGAUGCAAUUUUUAAACAAGCUUUGGACAGAUCCCCAUGAUCCCAAGAAUAUUCAGGAGAGUGCGGAGAUAGUAGCAAAACUUGUUGGAUUCUGUGAAGGUGGAAAUAUGUCAAAGGAGAUGUUUGAGCUUAAUUUUGUGCUUCCAUCUGAUAAGAGGCCGUGGCUUAUGGGCUGGAACCAAAUUUCAAACCUUCUUCAUUUGUGAGAAGCUGCAAUUAGCUUGUACGUACUACAUCACGUUCUUAUUUAGUUUGGUGUGGCUGGUCGACCCCAAGAUGAGAUUUGGGGUAUUUAUUAUUGUAAUUCUCAUUUUGCAUGAUGAGAAUUGGAGUAUUUGCAUUCUCAUUUUUUGCAAUAAAAGAAUCCGAUUCAUUUUUUCUUGUCCAAACUGUUUCUGCCUAGUGGUGUGUGUAAUGUGCAACCAAGACAUGCCUUUAAGCA